UGAAGUAAAAAAAGUUGUGAUUAGUUCAUGACUUGUCUGUCUGUUAGUUAACAAAGUUAAUUGUUGAUUCUGUGCUUUUUUAAAACGAAUAAAAAAGUUGAUGUGAAUUGACAAAUUACUAUUUUUCCGAGUAUUAUUUUAAUGUUGAUUUAAGUUCCACUUGAAAGGAUUCAUUGAUUAAAGAAACGGAAAAGACUGAAAUUAGAAAAUAUUUCUUUACCUUCAUCUCAUCCCGUGUUAUCCAUCAUUUUUUGCCUUCUCAGGACUCAACAUCAUUGGUAACAUCAUCAAUUUGCAACUUUAAAUCAUGGUUAUCUCUUGUGUUAAAUACAUUGUAUUAAUUUACAAUUUCAUAUUUUGGCUUCUUGGUGUUGCUAUACUUGGAUUUUCAAUCUUGCUCUAUGCUGAAAGUCACAAUUAUGUUAAUUUUGAAGAUACUCAAGGACUCUUUGAUACACCAUUUUUCCUGAUAAUCAUUCUUGGUGCAGUUAUGACGCUCGUUGGUUUCCUUGGUUGUUGUGGAGCAAUCAGAGAAAGUACUUGUCUUCUUGGAACUUACAUUUUACUUUGUAUUACAAUGGGAGUUGCUUGUGGAGCUGCAGUUUGGUGGAGCAACGAGUAUCGGACUGAUGUCUCUGAAAAGGUUCAGACAAGCUUACAAAAGAUGAUUCGAGAAAAUUAUCGAGGAAAUUUGACUCGACCCACAACCGAAGUAGUCAUUGAUAGACUUCAAAAGGACAUGCAAUGUUGUGGAGCCAGAAAUUUAACUGACUGGUCAGUGUCUCGUUAUAAUCAGGGAAAUCGACCCAAACUGGAGAUUGGCAUUGGAAAGGAUCGAUCGUCCAUUGCCUUUUCUGUUCCAGCCUCCUGUUGUCGGGUCGGUGCACCUGAUUGUGAAGUUGCUCGUAAAGGUAUAACCAUGGACAAUUUGGAGAGCAAAAAGUUCAGUAUUAACAAUGAAGGAUGUCUCCAUAAAUUGGAUGCUUUUGUUGGAGACAAAUGGACUUAUCUCAUUUUAAUUGGAAUGACUCUGAUUGGAUGUCAAAUUUUGGCCUUGCUGUUUACCUGUUGUUUUUGUUGUUUCCUUAGUGGACAGAAAAACAAUCGAUUCUAGAAAAUCGAGAAACUUGAGAACCAUUUAAGUUAUAAUUUAUUAAGCAACUAGUUAUGUGCGAUUGUAUUAUAAAAAUGUAAAUAUUUGCAUUCAAUAUUGCCUUAUGUCUUGUAAUACACUCAUAGAGUCUGUGACACAGAGAGUGCUAAUUUCACAGAAAUGUUAAUCGUUAAAGUAUCAAUCAAAGAAGGACACAAAAAAUGGAGUGACAAUCACAUCAUCAUUAUCAUUAUCGUAUUUAUAUUGAGACAUGAUCGGGACCCAACGAAAAGCAACGCUAAUUCCUCUCUUCCAAUGGUUUUGCACCUAAAUCAAGUUGUUUUCAUUGGUCUCCUUUGUUCACCUCUUUUUUUGUCAUUAACUGACUUGCCAUUUCUGCAAGCAAAAUUACAUGCCAAUUUCAUCUUUACAUCUUCAUCAUACCAGAUAAUCAUCUCAAAUAAUCAUACCAUUGGGAUAAAGAUCUACCUUUUCAGAUUUCA